AUGAGCGGCUCUCGAUUACCACCAACCCCUCGAUCAGAACGUAAAAAGACAUUACGAUCACAAUCAAGAGUCCCUCAAUCCUUCCCCCUGAUCACUGAACAAGAGUCCAGUUCAGAAGCGGAAGGAGACAGAACAGAAUAUGCAAUGGCAGAGGAAAAUACAAUAGAGGCCUCUGGCUCAGCGCGUGAUACUGGUAAGAUGCUAGAACGCGAUGAGUCUGAUGAUGGCACUCCCAGUCCUAUGCCGAUGCCUACACCUAAUGCCAAUGGCAUGGUGACCAUGUCAGCAGCAGACCUUAGGGCACUCUGUCAGCAAUUGCUCUCAGCACGCCCAAUCCUAAACACCACCUUUAUGGAAGAUCAGAAACAACUGGCCCGUGACUAUCAGAAGGAGAUGCAGGCCUCAUUGGACACUAAGUCUGUCACCACAUUUGAUGAAACCAAUCAUCAAGCAUGGAAGAUUAGCAUCUUAUCAGAUGCAGAAGUGAUUGGUGGUGCAGAUAUUUUAAACAAAAACCAACAUGAGCCCCCUCAAGGCUUAUCACCACUUGAUCAAUGA